UGAAGAGCCACUUGACUUGACGGUAGUGGCUACCAGACCGGUGUGCUGGGUUCGAAGCCGUACCAGAAAUUCCAAAUAACCAAUGCCGGGACGUCGCGCUCCAGUCCUGGUCGUGGGGGUUGCUUGCUUGAGAUGUGCAAAAUGGACAGAGCUCACUUCGACAGAAAAAGCAAAAACAGCAAGCAUGUAUCAAAUAGGGUUUAACCUGUUCUAUUGCCUCAAAUGUGCGGUCACAACAGGACAUCCUGCUAUUAAAUUGACGGAGAGUAGAGAUGACAAGAGUCACUGAGCAUAAGAGUCAAUUGCAAGGGAAGACCAGGUGCUCGGCGGAAAACUUUAGAGCGACAAUAAUCACUACUCCAAUGCUCCAACAUGCGUCCUGGCUCUGUCCUCGAUUUUUCCAAGGCCACUG